GGCAGGCUGCUCUCAGCACGCUCAACCCCAACCCCACCGACAGCUGUCCCCUGUACCUCAACUGUGCCACCGUGGCCGCCCUGCCCUCCAGGGUGAGCCGGCACAACAGCCCCUCGGCUGCUCACUUUGUCACCCGGCUGGUGCGGACCUGCCUGCCUCCAGGGACCCAUCGGUGUAUUCUGAUGGUGUGUGAGAGGGCUGACGUCUUUGCCUCAGCCUGCGCCCUGGCCCGGGCCUUCCCCCUGUUCACUCACCGCUCCGGGGCCGCACGGCGCAUGGAGAAGAAGACUGUCACUGUGGAGUUCUUCCUGGUGGGACAAGACAACGGGCCUGUGGAGGUGUCCACUCUGCAAUGCCUAGCGAAUGCCACAGAAGGUGUGCGGCUGGCAGCCCGGAUCGUGGACACACCUUGCAACGAGAUGAAUACAGACACCUUCCUUGAGGAGAUUAAGAAAGUUGGAAAAGACCUAGGGAUUGUGCCGACCAUCAUCCGGGAUGAGGAGCUGCAGACCAAAGGAUUCGGAGGAAUCUAUGGGGUUGGCAAAGCAGCCCUGCACCCGCCUGCUCUGGCUGUCCUCAGCCAUACCCCAGAGGGGGCCACCCAGACCAUCGCAUGGGUCGGCAAAGGCAUCGUCUAUGACACCGGGGGCCUCAGCAUCAAAGGGAAGACCACCAUGCCCGGGAUGAAGCGCGACUGCGGUGGGGCUGCAGCCAUCCUGGGAGCCUUCCGAGCCGCCAUCAAACAGGGUUUCAAAGAUAACCUCCAUGCUGUGUUCUGCUUAGCGGAGAAUGCAGUGGGACCCCGUGCCACAAGGCCGGACGACAUCCACCUGCUGUACUCAGGAAAGACCGUGGAGAUCAACAAUACGGACGCGGAGGGCCGUCUGGUGCUAGCUGAUGGCGUAGCCUAUGCCUGCAAGGACCUGGGUGCCGACAUCAUCCUGGACAUGGCCACGCUGACUGGGGCACAGGGCAUCGCCACGGGCAAGUACCACGCUGCAGUGCUCACCAACAGUGCGGAAUGGGAGGUGGCCUGUGUGACAGCUGGCAGGAAGUGCGGGGACCUGGUUCACCCACUCGUCUACUGCCCUGAGCUGCACUUCAGCGAGUUCACCUCAGCUGUGGCUGACAUGAAGAACUCGGUGGCGGACCGGGACAACAGCCCCAGCUCCUGCGCCGGCCUCUUCAUAGCCUCCCACAUUGGCUUCGACUGGCCUGGGGUCUGGGUCCAUCUGGACAUCGCUGCGCCUGUGCACGCUGGAGAGCGGGCCACCGGCUUUGGCGUGGCCCUGUUGCUGGCGCUCUUUGGCCGGGCCUCUGAGGACCCCCUGCUGAACCUGGUGUCCCCACUGGGCUGUGAGGCCAACACACAGGUUGAGGACAUGGAGCAGGAUUCCAAGCGACGCAGACUGGUGUGACGGCUGGCCCCUGACCCCCGGCCCCUGGCCUAGGCUCUUUACCUCACUUUGCACUGAAUAAGUUUAAGCAAUUAAAA